CAAUGUUGAAGAGUUCGGUGGUCGUCCUACUGUUGGCUGCUGCAGUAUCCGCAUGGCCGUACCCGCGAUAUGAGGAGGUCGUGCGUGACCCCAAAACAUCUGACCUGCUCUACGGCACCAACUCUGGAAUUCACGUCGAGACUUGGUACUUCAACACUCAAACCUACCUGACGUCCAUCAUCAUCCCGUCGCAGAUCAUCAACUUCUGCGGCUCAGACACGUUGUCCAAUGGAACGUACGAGGAGGAGGUUGAACUUAGACUUUUCGAGUGGAAACUCUCUGUGUCCCCGGUGCAGACGUACGAGGUGGCGUCCGGCUCCUUCAAAGGCACCGCAAGACACGGCCAGGAGUUGGACAUCCCGCUGACAAAUGGCACCCAAGGCCACCCCCCUCGAGUUGAAAAAUAUCAAUACAGCACUUCCGGCCCCAAGUUCUACAAGUACACGCUCGACAUCGUCUUCAAGACGACCGGCAUAUACCCGUGGUACACGACUAGGUAUCUCUCCAGCUACUCCCCCAUCAAUUCUUUGACGAAUGAACCUGGAAUUGCUAUUGGUCUGUCGUACGCUAUCUAAGAUUUUAUGCCAAACAAGCCCAUCGCCGUGGUUGGAUGCAGCACUCUACUGUCGUAGUGGCUUGUAGACUUCGACUUUAUUCGGUAUUCAAGCUGCUGUUGCUGUAGAUAUUUCAGACAAUAUGGCUAGCUCACUCACUGUUCACAGCAAAUUUUGUUUUCUUGUUUAGCUUCUCAGCUUCAGUUUACCAUUGAAAAUAUCUGAUAAUAAAUUUAAGCUGAGAUUCAGACCUAUACAGCAAACAUUUUUUCGGCCAUGUUUUGUGAGCAGCGAUUCAGCCGACCCUGUUGUUUGAAGUAGGAGUCUCAAAAUGAAUUCCACUCUGUAUUUUAA